AUGAACAGCACCACAGACAUCUCCGAAAAGCCAAACUUCGAGGCCUUGACUCGGCGAGGCUGUGAACGAAAAGACCCUUGGCUUUUAGCGGCCCGUUAUCGAGUAUGCCAGACACCCAUACAUUUACGAAGACCAAAGAGCACGCCAGUAGGACGCGUGCGCAGACGAAGACCGGUAUCACGAGCCGGAAGUGAGGGUGGCGAGUCGUCAGUGACUCACGUGACCGCAUCGUCUGACGUCACACAAGACGCCACUAAAGAUUUCCCAGAGGAUUACGACUUUGACGGUGAAAAUGCAGAAGUAGAAGUACUGGACAUGAGCGCAAAUGGGAUUGGACCGAUGGGUGCAAAAUAUUUUGCUGAUAUGCUGGAGGAUAACUAUUUUAUCAAAGAGUUGAAUCUUGCGGAUAACAAUUUAGGUUCAGCCGGAGCAAAGCUGAUCACAGACGCUCUGCUGCUGAAUUCUUCUGUCAAGUCCCUCGAUUUAUCAGCCAAGAACAAGACGCUGACAACCCUGAAUCUCAGCUGGAACCAUUUAAGACGACGAGGUGCGGUGGCUAUAGGAAAAGGCCUAACUAGCAAUCAUUGUGUCCGUUUUCUGAAUGUGUCUUGGAACGGCUUCUACUUGGAAGGUUGUCGUGCUUUGUCAAGAGCUUUGGACAGGAACAAGACGCUGAUGGAACUGAACCUAGAGGCAAACCGAAUCAACAAAGAGUGUUUGGACGAACUACUGAAAGGACUGAAGCGAAACAAAACGCUCACCUCACUAAAGUUAUCCGACAACCCGAUAACGACAGAGGGCGCCAUGGCUCUGCUGAAGAGCAUUCAAGAAAUCACAACAAUGUCUCUCAUCCGACUCGAUCUGGGCGAGCAGUGCGUUGAUAGAGAGUUCAUUGACGUGCUGAUGCAGAUCCAGUCGGAACGCCCUCUGGAGGUGAAGUACGGCGUUGUUCUGAGGGAUGAGGCGCCCCAACAAUGUAAGGAACAGGCCCUGGUCUCUGAAGACCCCAUCCUUGUUCUCAUGGAAUUCAUGAAACUUAAAAACCUGCGCCUCAUCGAUCUCUUCCAGUCCUUGGACAAAGACGGUAGCCGGUCUCUGAGCAACCAGGAGCUUAAGGCAGGUUUACUGGAUGAAGGAAUGCCGUUGUCAGAGAAAUCUCUCAACAAGCUACUAUCACGGCUUGACAGGGACAAGAAUGGUGAGAUUGACUUUGGGGAACUAAUGUUUGGCCAUAAGAAUCACAGGCGGCGGAUGAACACGCUGGUGGAGAUUACGAAAGAGAAAGACGGGUCAAGCAGGGAGGGGGACGUGGCCAGGGUCAGAGCUCGGCUUGCCGAUCUCAUCCGGAAGAAAGACAGAGAGAUCCUGAAGCGAGUCCAAGAGAGAAAACUCGUUAGUGCUUUUCCCGGAGAUAGAAAGUAUAUUUUCGGCACCGGAGUACGGAAAAUGGUGCGUCCGGCAUCCACCGAGCCAACCAUGGCCACACUUCCGGAGUAA